AUCUUAUGGGACUUUGUGUUCCAUAUACUGAAAUACCGAUCGGGUAAAAGUCAAUCUUUAUUGUGCCCUCUAGAACGCUAUAUUUAAGAACUAUUGCAUGUGUUAGGUUAGUUCAUGCGCGUUUAAUGCACGGUAAGUGGAAACUACAAGUUCCAAAUAUAUAAAUAGUUUGCAUAUACAUAUGCAAUACUAUAUUUAUGUAGUAUUCGUGGCAACGCCAUCUGAGAUAAAAAAUAUCUAUUUAUCGGCGGCCAUUUCGUUGAUUUUUAUGCCACGCGAUGUCGUUGUCCGAUAACGAAAUAUUUUACGUCGACACCGCUAGAUGAGUUAGUGAUCGAUUUUACGUUAAGAUGAUAGUGAAUGUGUUUUGAUACUUUUCUUGAAAAAUGUUAAUGUUACACAAUUCCGAAUGGUUUGAUAAGUCGAAUCUUUUAUUCAUCGCAUGCGGUAAUGAACGUAUAAGUUAUUAUGAUUGUUGGCACAUAACGACAGGAAAAAUAAUCGGGAAAAAAAAGGAACGCGUGUUACGCGUAUCAAUCGAACAUUUAAUACUUUAGCCUUAGCCUAUUAAGAGCAUUAAACCCGUUCGUUAUGACGUAAAUUGUAAUCUAGAAUAUAAUACAAUGAGUAAGGCAAGAGUAGGGUCAGAGUAUAUCCCGUUAGUAGAAGACGAGAUGUCGAAAACGCGACUCGUUAUACCUUUUGCCAAGUUAGCAUGGUUUACCGUUUCAUUACCGCUUUUGGCAUUUAUUUUUUGUAUCGUUUGGUCAAUUUUGUAUAAUUUCGAGCACUCUACUUCUACUCAUUGCAAGGUUUAUAAUUUCUUACCAUCCGUCUCUGCUGCAAUCGGGCAUUACAAACCACAGAGAAAUGUUUGGAAAGUUGCUAUAGCGAUACAAGCAGUGAUAAGAGUUUUGGUAUUAUUAAUGUACCGUCGUUAUUACAAAGAACGUAUCUUUAAAUGGGCACAAAGUAUAUGUGACAUUGCAAUAGUUACAUAUGCCAUUGAAAACAUAUCUCUUGUAACUUUAAGUUUUUGGACUUCCGAUGAAAAUUAUGCCUUUCACAAAUUGUCUUUCAUAAUGUUUUUAAUAACAUCUUUUAUACAUAUGAUAGUGGCAUAUUUUAUCAUGAAGAACUGUCUAAACAGUACUAGAGAAUAUUCGGAAGUUACUUCCUUGAAAUGGAAGCAUAGAUCCAUAAUAGUUAAUUUUUCAUGUAUAAUAUUCGCGUGUUACUUUUUUUAUAGACAUAAUAAGUAUUGCGAACCACUAGUCUACUCUAUGUUUGCGCUGAGUGAAUACGGAGUUGUCCUUUCAAAUAUGGGGUUCCAUUCGACUGCAGCUUGGGAUUUUGCAAAUUCGAGGCUUAUGAUAUCAGGAAUUCAAAAAGAAAAAGAGGUGAAAGAAAUGGAAUCGGGUGAAGAGAGAGGACAGCGAGAGGAAAAGAAAAGGGAACAGUAAGAGACAGCAAAAUCUUCUUACCAGGAGUGUAGUCACGGCGUCGUAGAAACAACAAAAAGACGAUAAAGUUGUAAUGUAUUGUGUAAUUCACGGUCAUUUGAAUUUGGAAACUGUGAGAUAACAGUAUCUUUGGAUGUAUAUAAUUUACGAGUAUGGUGGUAAUCGGAAAAUAAGUAAAUUACAUUGUUUUAGAAUCUUGAUCACGUUAAAUAUGCGUUAUGUAAAUUUGAUAUAAUAUUUGUUGUAACCCAUCGACGUGAUUCUGUAAGAUACGUCAGAUCGGACGAACGUAAAAUGGAUCGACAUGGAAAAAAGUUUUUAUGGCGGGAGAAAGA